AUGCAAGUCUUUUUAGAAGAAAAUGAUGAGCAGGCUUCUACUAAUAUUGUCAACGAGAUUAUUGAGCACCUCAAACAGCUAAAAAAUUCUUUUGAGCAAUAUUUUCCUGCAGAUAGGGAAGUAUUGUUGAAAGACCAUGAAUGGGUACUGAAUCCAUUCUCAGUUUGUAUGAAACCUUCAAGCUUAUCUUCAAGUGAUUACGAAAGGUUGAUCAAUUUAACUUCUGACUUAACAUUAAAAUCUUCCUUCAACAGCAAUUCGUAUGCCGAAUUUUGGUUAAGUUUGAAAGACAAAAGUUAUGAAGGUUUAAGCGAGAAAGCGAAAACAUUAUUUUUACCCUUUGCCACUACUUACUUAUGCAAGUCAGGAUUUUCGUCAUACGCUGCAACUAAAACCAAAUACCGCAACCGCCUCAAUGUUGAACCUGACCUCCGACUCCAAUUAUCAAAAAUAAAACCUGACAUUGCAAAACUGUGCCAAAAUAAGCAGCCACAUAAAUCACAUUAA